UCUUUCUCUCUUUCUCUUAAAUUUUGAUUAUUUUCUUAAUUUUCAACUACCCACAAGCUAAUUAGUGAGAGAAUCAUCAUUUUUAGAGAGAGAAACAAGUUAAAAUGUAAAAAUUUUCCUACUAAAAAUACCUCCCCUUUUCUUUAAUCAAUAGUUCAGAUCUUAAUCUUGCUCAAAAACAGCAACUCCCCUCUCCUACUUUUACCUUCUCCAAACUACAAAAACUCUACUUUCUUUUCUUACUUCAAACCAAACACUCCUCAAUCUCACAAUCUUUACUUCUACUACCAAUCUUUUGAUCCCUUUUUCCAGUUGUUUUCCAUGGAAUUACAAGCUUUGAAACAUGUUUGUAAGUUUUGCAAGAAAAGAUUUCCUUGUGGAAGAUCAUUAGGAGGUCAUAUAAGGUCUCAUUUACCUAAACCAGGGUAUGGACUUAGAGAAAAUCCAAAGAAAACAUGGAGAGCAACUGAUCAUGGUGAAGUACUUUUGAAUUCUUCUUUUUCUUCAUCAUCUAAUGAAAGUGAUAACCCAAAUUUGAGUAAGGUGGGCCCAAUUCAAGGGAAAAGAUCUAAGUUUGUUAGAAAUAAUUCUCAUUCCUCUGUUUCUGAGAUUGUUGAGGAAGAACAACAAGAAGAAGUUGUUGCAAUGUGUUUGAUUAUGCUUUCCCAAGAUGUUGGAUCUUGGGGUGAUCAUAUUUCUUCAUCUUUUGUUAAGAAAAAGAAGAAUAGGAAACAGAAAGUGCAGGGUAAUGAUGAUUCUGUUUCUGGUUACUUGCAAAAUGAGUUGAAAUUGAAGGGAAUUGAAGUUUCUGCAAUUGGGUUUGGAUCAAAUCAUAAGAAUAAUACUGGAAAAAUCUUGAAAUCAGAAUUUUCAGCUUCUGGGUAUGUCGGAAAUGGUGCAAAAAACAAGGAAUCUGAUGUUUUAAGAAAUGGGUUUGUCUUAAAUGAUGAAAAAAAGAAGUAUACUGAGAGUAAGAGAAAGAUUGGACAGAUUUCAGCUUCUGGGUAUGUCAAAAAAGGGUCUAAAAUGGAGGAAAAUGAAGUUUCAGAAGAUGGGGAUUUUUCAAAUGAUCAAAAAUAUAUUGAUCAUGAUGAAAUUUUUCAUAAAAGGAGCAAAUUUGAGUGUACUACUUGUAACAAAAUAUUUCACUCUUAUCAAGCCUUAGGUGGGCAUAGAGCUAGUCACAAGAAGCUUGUUGGUGGUCUUAUAUGUUCAUCUAAUGAUCAAAAACAACUCAAGUUACACCAAGAACGAGAACAAGAAAAUGUUCUUGAAAUGAAGAUUGGAUCAUCAUCAUCAAUAUUAUCCAAGAAAAAUGUGCAAAAACAUGAGUGUCCGAUUUGUUUUAGAGUUUUUCCAUCAGGGCAAGCACUUGGAGGGCACAAAAGGUCUCAUUUACUAGUAGCAUCCAAUCAAAGUCUGGGACGAGUCCAGAAUACUAGUACAGGGUCGGCCGAACAUAAAAUUGGUGAAGUAGUUGAAAGAUUAUCAAUUACUAGUGACACAAAAGACUUGCUUGAUCUAAAUUUUCCUCCUGUACCUGCCCAAGAUGAGACCAUUUCAACUACUAAUGUUACUACUACAAGUAAUAGUACUUCUAUUGGUGGGUUUAUCAAGCCUUAUUGGUGUGUUGAAAGCUCUCAUAAGCAUGAACCAUGUUUGGGAUUGAUCUCCAAUUGAUUGAUAAAGAUUCAUAUAGUAUUAUAUGCUUAUUGAUUUCUAUACAUGAGUGUACAGAUUACUGAUAUACUUUGCUAUUGAUUCAUUCAUUUUUCCUUUUUCAAGUAUAAAAAAACAAUGGAUGGCCUAGUGUUGUACUUUUAUUUUCAUUUUUACAAUCAAUA